UCGCCGGGUGCAAAAGUUCUACAGCUCUCAAAAUUUCGCCGAAUGUGGUUAUCCCGGUUGAAUGUAUAAAGCAACAUCAUGAUCGCUUCGUAUGCUUCAUUCUCCUCCGGUGCAUCCAUCGAGCCGGUAUCUUUACUCCGAUUCACAAGCAAGGGCACAAUGACAUCCCGGUUGGUUCUUUUCGGCCUUCUGGCCACCGGCUGCCUAACUCUGGUGGCCUCACUGGAUCAGAGCAAAUGGGUCGUUCCACUCGUUCAAGAUCCGGGCAGCUCGAGGCGCCAGAGAGAUUUGCUUCUGGGCGAUGAAGAUGACGAUUUCGAUUUCUUCAACCGGCAAACGCAGGACGCGAAGGAAGGCAAUCCAAGGAUCUCCUUCGAUGGUUCAAAUUUCCGAGCUCCUCCGGAGGAUUCGCCAUUACCGCCUUCGGUGAAGAAUUCGAUGAUGAAACUGCACCUCAGAAGUAGAGAGUUUUUGGAUGUUGCCCAGAAAGCGGCCUAUUCGGCGGUGAAUUUGUUGAUUGCUUUCGGCAAACUUAUGGAACAUUCAAACGAUAAGUUUUACCUUAUUGCGAAAUAAAGAUGCUACGACUGGAUUGUGCUUUCUUAUGAUUGA